AUGAUCCGAACCCUAGUCAGCACAGUGGCUGAACUUGUUAUGGUUAUGUCCACCGUCCUGCUUGACUGGCUCAUAUAUGUAUCUUCACCAGCACUCCCUUCACUCAGCACGGCAGGCUGCUUAGGCUCCAUUGGUAGCCUCAUGCUUUCGGAGCUCAACAUUGCAGCAACGUCAGUCAUGGUGGGCCGAUCUGCUGGAUCUUCCUGA